AUGUUUGGCAUUAGGAAGUUAGUGGUGCUUUUGAAGGUAAUGAAAUGGGCGUGCGCUCUUGUGCCAAUUAAGCCCUUUAAAAAAGGCACGAUUGCACCUGUGUGUACGAGCACAGAGGGCUUAGUACAUAACGAACACUUGAAUGCAGUUAAUAUGCGCAUGAUAACAUCUCGGUUCCAGGUAAAGCUAAUGAGUGCUUGCGCAUGCGGUGCAGCGAUGUGCAGUGCACAAGUGUUCGUGAGCAGUGGAGAGCGCUGCGCUGUGUCGCUGUUCCUUCCUACUCGCGUGUUCGUUGUGACGUGGGUGCACUUACAAACUCUUGCCUCGCGAUAA